GAAUCAUUAAGACCCCAGUGGUGGGUUAACGGUAGACGGACGGACAGACGUUGGACAUAGAGCCCUCUCGCUCGUCCGGGAUUAAAAAGGGACUAAGAGAGGCAGAAGACGCAAGACCACGGUAAAGACAGCCCUCCUUCUCCUUCCCACCCCUCACCGGCUGUCUCGCCAUGUUCCGGCGGAAAAAGAAGCGGAGGCCGGAGAUCUCGGCGCCACAGGACUUUGAGCAUCGGGUCCACACGUCAUUCGAUGCGGUGCAGGGGUGCUUCGUGGGCCUGCCGCCCCAGUGGCAGAGCGUCAUCGACAUCCUGAGGAGACCCAAACCGGUGGUGGACCCAUCCCGGAUCACCAAUGUGGAGCUUAGGCCCAAGAAGACCAUUUGUAGGGGGAGUUUCAUCGGACACGGAGACUACAUCUCCCACGUCAUCUCUGAGAUGACUCGUCUUCCCGUCACCAGUUCCAACUCGCUCCGGAAGAGCAGUCCGUCGGCGCGGCAACGGGCCCGCUCCAUGGGGCUUCUGGGUGAGCUCGUCGAAGGCGACACGUAUCAGUAUGAGGAGCUGGGCCAAGAGAAGCGUCAUAACGGCGGUAACAGCUACUGGCAGGUACAAAGUGAGAGCGGUAGCCCCAAACUGGCCCCUAAGAAAACCUCCACCCUCCAGCCCAAUGGGGUACUGCCUCGGGCAAAGUCAACGCAUGAGAUGAGCAUGACGGCUGGGGAUAAACCUGCACCUCUGCCGAAGGGGCCGGUCCCCACGCCCCCUAGAGGAGGAGGCACGGGUCAUUAUGCACGUAGCGAAGGGGCCGGACUUAUAAAUAGGCCGGAACAGCAGAUGGGCAUGCCGCAAAAGGGCAAAGUAGUCAAUCAGAGACCGGCGUCCUGCUAUAACCUGCAGACCCUGCAGACGCAGCAGCAGGUCAACAUGAGGGUCAAGCCUGGGGUCAGUCACCUGCCGGACCUUCUGACCUCCUCCAAGGAUACUUCUCCUCAGAGACCCCACUCGUCCUGUGACCUGAAGAUGAAUUCAUUACCCAAUGGCACCAGCAGCCUGAUCGCAGGCAGAGGGCGAACCCACAGACCCUUACGUUCCUCCUCCACCUACACCAUUGGAUUGUUUUCACCCAUAGUUCAGGGGGCUACCAUGCCCCUACUCCCCAAACAGAACAGCCCAUCCCAGCCCCAGCCUUCUCCCACGGGCUCCCCGGCCACCAACUCAACAGGAACCAAGCAGCAACAGCCCAAACCCAAGCUUGGGCCAGAGCCCGAGCCGGCCAAAGUGACCCACGAGCAGUUCAAGGCGGCCCUGCAGAUGGUGGUGGACAAGGGCGACCCGCGCACCUUCCUGGAGAACUUUGUGAAGAUCGGGGAGGGCUCCACGGGGAUGGUGUGCAUCGCCCGCGAGAGGCAUAGCGGUCGGCAGGUGGCGGUGAAGAUGAUGGAUCUCCGGAAGCAGCAGCGCAGAGAGCUGCUCUUUAACGAGGUGGUGAUCAUGAGGGACUACCGGCACAGCAACGUUGUGGAGAUGUACAGGAGUGCCCUGGUGGAAGAGGAGCUGUGGGUUAUCAUGGAGUACCUGCAGGGUGGGGCUCUGACCAACGUCGUGUCUGAAACCAGGCUGAAUGAAGAGCAGAUAGCCACCGUGUGUGAGGCUGUGCUACAGGCGUUAGCCUAUCUCCAUUCCCAGGGAGUUAUCCACCGUGACAUCAAGAGUGACUCUAUACUGCUCACGCUGGAUGGGAGGAUCAAGCUGUCAGACUUUGGAUUCUGUGCUCAGAUCAGCAAAGACAUCCCCAAAAGGAAGUCCUUGGUUGGGACACCAUACUGGAUGGCUCCAGAGGUCGUGUCAAAGACGCCAUAUGGAACUCAGGUGGAUGUGUGGUCCCUGGGUAUCAUGGUGGUAGAGAUGGUGGAUGGAGAGCCUCCGUACUUCAGUGACACGCCAGUGGCAGCUAUGAAGAAACUGAGGGACGAGCCGCCACCUACAGUCAGGAACACACAGAAGAUCUCCCCUGUGCUGAAGGACUUCCUGGAUCGUAUGCUAACACGCGACCCCCAGGAGCGUGCUACCGCUAGCGACCUGCUGGAGCACCCCUUCCUGCUGCAGUGUGGCUCGCCGCGGUGCCUGGUGCCCCUAGUGGAGCGAUACCGCAAGCGUAUGUCCCGCUGCUGACUCACCCGGACACACAUGAUCCAUGUUGGCCGAAGACUGGGCUGAUCCCAUGACGUCUGACCCUGGGUUAACAGACGACCUGUCGCUCCAUCCACAGCAUUGGUAUUGAGUCUCAAUGCCCACUACAGGAAGUGGAUUUACUGUCACACGGUGUGUGGAUGGAAGGAUAUGGAGUCGAUCAGAAAAUACUCUCUCUCUCUCUCUUUCUCUUUAUCUUGCUCCUUUUCUCUGGCUCACUUCCUUUACCAGGCCUCGUAUCUCUGUCCUCCUCUCUUCUCUUUCUUUCUUUCUCUCUCUCUCCUUUUUAUUCCAUCCGUUAUCUCCCUUUUCUCCUCUCUUUUUAAAUCUCCAUCUUCAAGGAGUGUUUUUCUGACCUGCCGGCUGGUGGAUGCAGAGGCACCAUUCAAAUCCACAAAUGGUGGGGUGGCAGCCUGGUACUGGUGGUUACCCACCAUUAUCAUAUGACUGAUAUGAGCGUAAUUUAUUAAUUGUUUACUCAUUUAAGCCCAUCACUCUUCAGGGAGCAUAUAGGCCAUCGACGAUGUCUCCUCUCCAUCACACCGUUCUGGGCAGUCUUCUUCAGCUCCUUCCAUCCACCACAUGUUGUAUCCUCUGUGUUUGGCUCAAGCACCCAUCUCCAGGUCUUCUACAGACACCCACUUUUGUGUUUUUCUUGCAUGUUCCAGGAUAAAGCUUGCCUGGGGAUGUUGGAGGGGUUUUUCGGAGAGGAUAUACAAUUCCGCGGGGACCUGACUGGUGUGCAUGGCUUGGCUACAGCCACAAGGAAUCACUUCAGAUCGACAAGGGCAUCCUCGCUCCUUUUUGGACAAUGUAGGACAGAAUGGAAUUGGAUAUCUGAAUUUAAGGAUUUGUUAAUUCUAUGCAAAAAGUGCAACAAGCCCCAAUGUAGAAUCACAGUGUCCUGAACCUUCUGUACUGAAAAUCCCCACCAUCACUGUCCAAUUUGUUCUACUGACUUUGAAAUGUAACAAUUACUACUGACUUUGGUACUAUACUUCUGUUCAUUCUGUAAAAAAAAAAUGAAUGACCAGACCCUUUCUACCAGAUCACCUAGGGUUCCCCUGGACUUGAUCAGGGGAGGAUCUACAAAGUUGUCACAAGCAGAAGCUUUGUUUUGGUAUUGCUGGAGGAACAUGUUUUAUAGAAUUUCCAAAUGGAUAAAGUAUUUCGGGAUAUUGCAGAUAUGAAUGUGAGUAGUAUAGUAAAUAGCAUGACUAUACUGAGUAUAGUAAAUGUUCUAUUUUGGGACAGGUAUCCCCGGUAAAAUACUAUUUUAAUCAGAACCGAUCACCUGUAUACUUUGGUUGAACAGGUUUUUGACAAAUAGUCAUACAAUAUAUUGAAAUGGCAUACAAUACGGACAUGGGGUAGUUCAAAAUCUCAAGACUGGAUUGUUGUGUAGCCUGCUGAUGUACCCCUGUUAGCUGACUAGCCUACUGAUGUACCCCUGUUAGCUGACUAGCCUACUGAUGUACCCCUGUUAGCUGACUAGCCUACUGUUUGCCAACACUGGAUAUCUAUGUAUGUCAACACCAUUUUCACAUGCAUUUUUGUCCUUCUCAGAAUGUUCUGUAUCUGGCCCCGCACAGCAGUUUAUAUUUUUCAUACACUUCAAAAAUGUGACUUCACUUUGCACGUUAGUACUUGAUGAGUACUGGUAUAGGACAAAACCUAUGAAAGUACUUCUUUAAUUUUUUUACAAAUAAAUAUCUGUGAACAAAUACUUUUUUUUUUUUUGCAAAUGUCAUAUUCAUUAUUAUUUAAAUACAGUUUAUAGGCCUACAACAUGACAUAAGCAUGCUGUUGAAUCUGGAUAAGAGCCUCUGUUAAAUGAUCAAAUAUGUGUACAAGUCAUUGCCGUUCAGGUGAGAUCAUCGAUGUCCUAACUGUUCACAGGAUACCCUGGAUCUGUUUAUUUGUCAUUUUUUUAUCAGGUGUUUUGUGACCGAGCUUUUUGAGACCGUCAUUACACCUUAUCAAGGCGUCUUUUAAUGUGGUGGAAGCACUAAAUGAUGGUAUGGAGUAACAAAGUGUUUCACAGGGUUUAAAUAAUAUAAUGCAGUCAUUUCUACAAUACACACUAUACCAAUGUAAAAUAAGUUGUCAGGUUUCUCAGAGGGAUCUGUUUUAACCUGCCUUGUGUUAAUGAGUAAGAAAUAUGGAAAUGAUAUGGAAAGGACGACAAGUUUCAGGUAGCAAACAACCCUGUGAAUUUCAGCAUGACCCAGUUUUCACCUACAUAAUGUGCGAUGAAGUUUCAAUGAAAACCCAUUUCAGUCACUUUAAAAAUAGUUUUAUCACUUAUAAAGCAUGACAAAUUGGGUGAAGAAAUCAAAUAGAUGGAUAUAGAUAAAGAUAUUAAAUAUGUUUCCUUAACAAUAGUUUCCUAAUUACAAAUGAAAUAGCAUGUCAGUUAAUGUACACAGUAUGUAACGUGAUUGUUUUUUGUUUCUCAUUUUAAGAAUGCUCAAGUUGAAGAAUGAAGGAGAAUGAACCGUCUCAGAAGGGAUUUGACACUGCUGUAGGGUUGCAAAGGGACGGAAUAUUACCGAUAACUUUAGAAAUGUACCAGUAAACUAACAGAAUUUUGGAAACUUGAGUUUUCAUAACUUAAAAAAUAUAAAAUAAUACAAUGUUUUAAUAUGAAGAAAAAAAAACAUUAUCGGAAAUAUAACCCAUCAACUUCGUGAACACUGUUGCUCUUUAAUGUGAGUCUCAGCAUGGAAUAUUCUUUAUAUUUUUUUAGUUUUUAUUUAUUUUACUAUGUCAAUAUAUCUUUGUUGUAAAUGUUUUGGGG